UUAUUUGUGACGUUGAACCUUUGACAAAAGAUUCCUCAUUUCGUAUUUGCAAAUCGCAAUGAUUUGAAAUUGUUAUUGUCUUCAAUCAUAGUGAAUAGGGUUAAAGUGCAUUCAUAAGAUCGACCUAAAUUUACGAUAAACCUAAAGAGCCGUUUUACAGCUGAUAUUUUACGGAGUGUUCUUUGAAAUCGGAAAAUGGCUACAAAGCGCAAACCUAUUCACACACAACCAGGCAACACACAACGACCAAACAUGAACUUCCGGGCUAGUGUUAACGAUACUACGGCACGUGCUGAAGCAAAAGGAACGCGUCCGACAGCAACACCGACAUCCAUCAAAGAAGUCCUUACCAUGAUGGUGCUGCACGUGUGCAAAAAGAUCAUAUUUUUUGAUACCAAUCUGAAAGUGCCGCUCUAUUUGGGUAGCUUAUUCUUUAUUUCCCUAAUUGGAGAUUUUUUGCCCUACCCCAAAACGUAUCUAGCAAGAUCAGAUAAUCUAUUUAACGUAUAUUUCGUUAAGAUGGGUUGGGCAUGGACAUUGUUAUUCUCAUUACCGUUUCUAGCAAUGACUUCAGUAACAGUGUGUUGUGGUGACCAUCAAAGGUUGGUUAAAAACCAUCUUCCCAGGCUUGGUAUAGCGACGAGUUUUUGGUUUGUGUGGACCAAACUGUUCAAUAUUAUCGAAUCAACGUAUGGCCGUUGCAGCGUUAGAGGAUUUGAUUCAAAAUCAGGUUGCUUGAAAGCUGGGCACUUGUGGAGCGGAUUCGAUAUUUCUGGCCAUGCAUUCAUAUUAAUUUACUCGAGUCUUAUUCUAAUGGAAGAAGCGCGGUCAAUUAUAGGAUGGGAAAGUAUCAAGGAACACCUUCGCAAUGAAGAACAUAAUCGCGCAAAAAAUGAAGUAACGCAGGCCACAAAUCCUCUGAAGAGUUUGAAAGACGAUGAUCUGAAAGCAUUAAAAUAUUUUUAUACACGAUAUACACCAACAAUAAGACUUCUCUUUGUUGGAAUGACAAUGCUGCAACUGCUGUGGGACAUAAUGCUAGUCGGAACCAUGUUAUACUAUCACCGAAUGGUAGAAAAAGUUGUCAGUGGCAUUAUUGCUGUUUUAACGUGGUACUUAACGUAUCGAGCUUGGUACCCUGCACCGACAUUAUUGCCCGAUCCAGUAGGCAAAGGUCUUUUCAAUUACCAGAUUACGUCGCGAUCAGCAGAAAUCGGAUUACGAAGGCGAGCUAGUUUACUACAAUCAAAUUCUUCGCAGUCUCAGGACAUACCAAAAUUCAUGGGCAUGCCUCUGUACGCUGCUAGACAACAACAAUCUGCUUCCAGCAACAAUCCUACUGGAGGAUUCACUUCGUCGAUGGAUGCAAACGCAACACCUUCGUCACCAACAUUUGUAAGUACAUCUAGCUCCUUCAACAUUAAUGCAUCACGAAUAAGACCGCCUGCCGGGGGAUAUUUCGAUAUCAACCCAGGGAAUCGGUUUCAGUAUAGUUCUUACCGAAGAACGGAUCCGAAUGAAUAGAACGAAUAAGAUCUUGGCGGCUCAUAUUUCUUGCUGCUAUGGAUAGCUUACUAUCAAGACAAUCAUCUGCACAUGCGUCUUUUAUUAGCAACCAAAGAUAGAGCAGAAUAGGCCACUAAACUGAUAUCGAAAUGUUUCCCCAAGAACUAUCGAUGUUAUUUACCUUGCAUGACUACAAUAAGCUAGAUUUCGAACAAGCAAUGAAAGAUCAUUGCAUCUUUGAUAGGUUUAUGUCCACACUAACAAUUGCUAGUGUUUUCAUCGACACUCUAAAUUUGAAUGUUGACCCUUCUCGAGUUUUACUUAGUUAGCUAGUAUGUAAUUUUGCGGGAGUGUAACAAACCAGGGCGCGGGUGAUUUUAUGCAUAUGGAAAGUUUGUAAAUACUAUAUUUUGUUUUUCUUUUUUACCGAAUUUGUUCAAUAAAAUUUCAUU